AUGCAUCCCCCGCCGUCCCGACGGGCCGCGCCGCCCCACGCCGGGCCUGGGCUCCGCCCCCCCCUGCGCCCGUUCCCCCCGUUCCGGCGGUCCCGUGGCCACCCCACCCGCCCUUCCCCCCGUUCCCCCUGUCGCCACCUGUCCCGCUCUCCCCUCCGCCCCCCCUAUCGUCCGGGCGCUCCCUGCCCGUGCACUCCCCGGGCCACUGGGCUAGCCUGGGGGGGGGGGGGGGGGGGGGUUGUCACACCCGCGGGCCGUGGCACCCCGACCCCGCCGCUACCCGGAUGCCCGCCGUCGGCCCCAGCCGGCCCACCCCCGGGGCGGGCAGCGGCCGGCGCCGCUCCCGGUGCAUGGCCCUCGACGCCGCGUUCCCGUUUCAACCCCGCACCCGCCGCGCCGCCCGCCCCCCGCCCCGAGGUGGCGUCCUCCCCCCGCCACCCCCGCGUGGCCUCGCCUCUUGCGCGCCGGCCGACCCCCCGCGCCCCCCCCCGGGCCCGACCUCGCCGCGCCCCCACUGAGUGCCCCAUCCCCGCCGCCACCGGCCCUCCCCGCCGGGCUCCGCCGGCUCCCGCGCCCCCCCGCCCCCGCCCCCCGACGCCACCGUCUCCCCGCGGGCCGCCCCCCCGCUCGCUCCCGGGGACCCCCCCCCCGCCCCGCGCGCCCCAGGGUCCCCCUCACCCCCCUUGCACUCCCCCUAGCAACGCGAAGCGCCCUCAUCCCCGCGCCGAACCCGGCCGCGACACGGCCCGCGACCGCGCUGCCCCACCACGGUUAAUCCCCGACGCAUGCUCCUGCCCCCCCCAGCAACCCGUCUGCCCGGCUCUCCGCAACGACAAGCCCGGGCACGCAGCGCCCCCCGCCCCCCCGUCGCCCCCCGAAUAUGGGAUAAAACCACAUUAUUAA